AACCCUAUUCUCCCUCUCCUCGUUCUCCGCCUCCUGCCACUUCUCCAGAACCAAAAACUACAAAACGCUGUUUGGCUUGGUUUGACCGUUUCUAUAUCACAAAUACCAUGGCAAAGUCCCUUCGUUCGAAAAGUGUGAGAAGAAACAAGCGUCUGUUGAGAACAAAUGUCUUUCAGCCUGUGAUUGACGACCGGACGAACCGUCUUGCCGACCGUCUGCGUGACCAAGUCAACGAUUUGACUGACAAGAAGGAUAAUAACGUUGCCGAGGCUGCCCAAAAAGAAGUUGUCGACGCGUCGGCCGACCAAAUGAUGACUGACGAGGCGAAAUCAAAGGCCAGCGUUUCCACCUCUGGCCCUCGUAACAGCAACCGUGACAUUUGGGCUAAAAAACACUUGAAAAAGGGUGGUCGUCAGAAAAAGAGCAAAUUUGCCAAGUUUUUGAAAAAGUAAAUGCCGCGUGUGCGGGUUUUACGCGUGUCACAAGGCGACCUCUAGUGGUUCUUAUUACUGUUACUACUUCGUUGUCCUACGACAACGCUUUGUGACGCGUCAUUUGUAUUCAUGGAUGGGUUCGGACUGGUUAUACGGGUUCAGGCGGAUGCAUUGCCUGCACCUUGGCUUUCGCACUUUUGGGUUUCGGUUCUUCCUUACUAUUCUUCUUCGUCCUUGUUCGACAGUGUUUUUUCCGUAGUUUAAAUUCUCGUUCUCAUUUUUGUGCUGGAAAAGGAUCUGCGCCCGUAGAUCAAUUCUCGGUGAUUUUUCUUCGGUACUUUGUGUGUGAUCUGCAUGCACUUUUUUGCCGGCUGCAGAUCCUCCA